AGAUGUGACGAAGCCGGAAGUAUCACUACGGGCUACACGCUUUGAGUAGUCUGCAACGUUAGCUGACAUUACAGUUAGCAUAACUUCUUUUCUUAAUAUCGGACGGCCAUUCUCUUUAGGAAGAAAUGCCUUCGCUAAAUGGAAAAUCUGAUGUUCUGUUUGAGGACGAUGAUCUGCCUUAUGAAGAGGAGAUUAUCAGGAACCCAUACUCAGUCAAGUGCUGGAUGCGUUACAUCGAAUUCAAACAGAACGGAGCCAAAUCCACCCUCAACAUGAUAUAUGAGCGCGCUCUGAAAGAGCUGCCUGGCAGCUACAAGCUGUGGUACAAUUAUCUGAGAGAGAGACGGAAACAAGUCAAAGGGAAAUGUAUCACUGAACCAGGCUAUGAAGAGAUCAAUAAUUGCCAUGAAAGGGCAUUGGUGUUCAUGCAUAAGAUGCCUAGAAUAUGGCUUGAUUACUGCCAGUUCCUUGUGUCUCAAUGCAAGAUCACAAGAAGUCGGCAAACAUUUGACCGUGCUCUCAGAGCUCUUCCUGUUACUCAACACCCACGCAUCUGGCCUCUGUAUCUCCGCUUUGUGCGUAACCUGCCCCUGCCUGAGACUGCCAUCCGGGUGUACCGCAGGUAUCUUAAGCUUUCUCCAGAAAAUACAGAGGAAUACAUAGACUACUUACGGUCUGUUGGCCGCUUGGAUGAAGCAGCUGUGCGACUAGCAGCUGUUGUCAAUGACGAAAGCUUUGUGUCCAAAGAGGGCAAGUCUAACUAUCAACUGUGGCAUGAGCUAUGCGACCUGAUCUCCCAGAACCCUGAUAAAGUGACCUCUCUAAAUGUAGGAGCCAUCAUCCGAGGAGGCCUCACUAGAUUCACAGACCAACUUGGAAAACUCUGGUGCUCUUUAGCUGAUUAUUAUAUCAGGAGUGGUCACUUUGAGAAGGCCCGUGAUGUGUAUGAGGAGGCCAUCCUUACGGUGGUAACAGUAAGGGAUUUCACACAAGUGUUUGAUAGUUACGCCCAGUUUGAAGAGAGCAUGAUUGCAGCAAAGAUGGAGACCACUGCUGAGAUGGGAAAGGAUGAAGAUGAGGACAUAGACAUGGAGCUUAGACUGGCCCGUUUCGAGCAGCUGAUAGCCCGGCGGCCCCUUCUUUUGAACAGUGUUCUCCUGCGGCAGAACCCUCAUAAUGUCCAUGAGUGGCACAAGCGGGUAAAACUGUAUGAGGGCAAUCCACGGCAGAUCAUCAACACAUACACUGAGGCAGUGCAGACUGUGGAUCCGAUGAAGGCCACAGGGAAGCCUCACUCUCUCUGGGUUUCCUUUGCUAAAUUCUAUGAGGAAAAUGAGCAGCUGGAUGAUGCCAGGACAAUUUUUGAGAAGGCUACCAAGGUCAACUACAAGCAGGUAGAUGACCUUUCUGCGGUGUGGUGUGAAUAUGGAGAGAUGGAGCUACGCCAUGAGAACUAUGAACAGGCACUGCGUAUACUGAGGAAAGCUACAGCCAUCCCAUCCAAGAAAGCGGAGUACUUUGAUGCAUCCGAGCCAGUCCAGAACAGGGUUUACAAGUCCUUGAAGGUCUGGUCCAUGCUGGCGGACUUGGAAGAGAGUCUCGGCACUUUCAAGUCUACAAAAGCAGUGUAUGAUCGCAUCAUUGACCUCCGCAUCGCCACGCCACAGAUCAUCAUCAAUUAUGCCAUGUUCCUUGAAGAGCACAACUACUUUGAGGAAAGCUUCAAAGCAUAUGAGCGUGGUAUUGCUCUCUUCAGGUGGCCAAAUGUUUAUGACAUCUGGAACACUUACCUCACCAAGUUCAUUGAUCGUUAUGGGGGCAAGAAGCUGGAGAGAGCUAGAGAUUUAUUUGAGCAAGCCCUAGAUGGCUGCCCUGCCAAGUUUGCCAAAACCAUUUACCUGUUGUAUGCCAAAUUGGAGGAGGGAUAUGGAUUGGCACGACAUGCCAUGGCUGUCUAUGAAAGGGCAACGCAGGCAGUAGAAGCUGAGGAGAGACAUCAAAUGUUCAAUAUCUACAUCAAGAGAGCAGCUGAAAUUUACGGAGUCACGUAUACCAGAGCAAUUUACCAGAAAGCUAUCGAGGUCCUUCCUGAUGAGCAUGCACGGGACAUGUGUCUGCGAUUUGCUGAUAUGGAGAGUAAACUUGGUGAGAUUGAUCGGGCCAGAGCAAUUUACUCCUACUGCUCCCAAAUCUGUGACCCAAGGGUGACUGCAAACUUCUGGCAGACAUGGAAAGAAUUUGAGAUCCGCCAUGGAAAUGAGGACACGAUCAGAGAAAUGCUGAGGAUCAAACGUAGUGUCCAAGCCACAUACAACACCCAGGUCAACUUUAUGUCUGCUCAGAUGAUGAAGGCUACAACAAGCUCCACAGUGUCAGAUCUUGCUCCAGGCCAAAUGGAAAUUGAUGACAUGAAGAUGCUGGAGCAGAAAGCACAACAGCUUGCUGCAGAGGCCGAGCAGGACAAACCCAAACUCAAAGAAAAGAUUCUCUUUGUCAGGAGUGACACCUCUCGCAGUGAGUUGGCUGAGCUUUCCAAACAAGCCAACCCUGAUGAGAUUGACAUUGAUGAUGAGGAUGAGGAUGAAGAUGAUGAAAACCAGGGACCAGAAGAGGUGCAGCUUGAACAGAAGAGUGUCCCCACAGCUGUCUUUGGAGGGCUUAAAGAGGACUGAAAGCUACCUCCCCUGCUGAAAUUUGCAAAGAUGCAGUCUUCGGAUUUCUCUUGUAUACAUUGAAUAUGCUCCAUUUUUUUAAAUCUAAAUACACCUUGUGUAAUUCCUUAGUUGUAUCCACUUUAUUUUAAUAGAAUGUGACUAAAGUGAGAAAAAGAAUGGCAACAUUUGUUGCCUGGUGUAUUUUUGUAGUACAGUAAACAGAGACAUGAACUUGUAUUAAAACUGUCCAUAUGGUGUCAGUCUUUCUCAAGUAUGUAGCUCACUGUAAUUGUACAAUUGAGCAGUAUUCUGUUAUGAAAUACUAAUACGUCUGAUGUAGUUUGACUUUGUGUCCGAACCAAAUUUUGUAAAGGAAUGAACAGUGAAAACACGUUUGUACACUGAUAAUGCAGAGAUCUUUCUCUGACAGGGAGCUCUGGCCUAGAAAAUGGGAAAAGCAUAGUGUUUUUUUUUUUUCAACAGGAGGCAUUCAUUUGAAAGUUGACCUAAGCACUCAAGCCUCACAUUGUUGGUUGGAGGAUUGGUGAGUGUCUUUCGAAACCCAAUGACCCUGAAAAGAUUUCAAAACUUGUACUAUACAUAGGUCACCGUCCAAAUAUUGAAAUCAUGCUCUGGUUGUACAUGUAUUGUACAAGUACACUCAAGGGACAGUUUAUACGACUGAGUUAGAUAAUAGGGGUGCUGUAAAACAUUUUGUAAAUUUAUAAUCAAAUAGCCCUGCAGCAAGUUCCUAAUGCCCAUUUUUUGUGAUAUAGGUGUAGGUGUUCACUUGGUUCACUGAUCAUUUUUGAGGCUGUAGGUAGUAAUGCUGUAAUAUGUAUUUUAGUCAGUGUUGUUGAGGGUCUACUUUUGACUCGAUGCAGUCUGGCCGUUUUUGGUAUGAAAGUGUUUUUGAAAGUUCUGUUUGUGAAUUGUGCACCACCAAUUCUAACAAGCUGGUCUCUUCGAAUGUCUGAAACUUUCUUCACAUUUUCUUGAAAAUGCAGUUUUAAUUAAAAAAAUAUUUACACCUGUUAAAA